AAAAAAUCCUAAACAUUUAUUAACUCAAUAAUUGUUUUUACUAAUUAAAGAUUAAGUUAAGACACUAAUAAUUCAAUUGUAAAAUUCAUAAAAUGCUACAAAUUUGAUAAAAUACUAAUCUAGUAAUUUGAAUACUCUCGACUGUAUACAAUAACCCAAAAUGAAAAAAUAGGCGAAAAAAUGAUUCGUCAAAUAUUAAAAAAAAAUAAAAAUAAAAAAUUCCUAUUCCUUUGAAAAUGAUUCUCCAUAAUUUGGAGUAGUAAUAAUGUAGCACUUUUGGAUUGACCUAUCAAUUUCUUAAAAAUUUCCCCCUCCACCCUCUUUUUCUACCAUAAAGUUCCAAAUUUCAAUUUAACCUCUUCCUCAUUUUCAAACCAACAUAAUCCCAAUUGGUAAGAGAGAGAGAGAAAAAAAUCCUAAAAAAUAACCUAUAAAAAAAAAAAGAAAAAGAAAAGCAAAUCUCCCUCCAUCUUCCUCCUUUCUCUCUCCUCCUCUUUGCUGGGUGUAUGUUUUGUGUGAAUUUUGAAUCUGUUUGACUAGUUUUCCGCUUACAUAGAUAAAACCCCAUUUUUAUUAUUUCUUUUUCAUUUCUUCUCUAAUAAAAAAAAAGAAAAACAGUCAGAAAUUUAGACUUCCUUCCUUACUUACAGAAGAGAGAAGAAGAAGACAACCCAGAAGAAAAACUACUACUACUGCUGCAACAGAGGAGAGAGAAAGUCGUCGGAAAAUUUGUAGAGAGAGAAAGAUUGAGGAGAGAGAAAGAGAAACAGAGAGUCAAAUGUGAUGGGAAGUGGGUUCUCUCACCUCAUCCCAUGUCUCAAACCUGAGUACAACCACCAUAACAACCACCACCAUAACAAGAGCUUCGAUUCUAGCAACAACCACCAAGACCCGGUUGUUUUUGCGGCGGAACAACCUCUUGACGAAACCCUAGGACACUCUUUCUGUUACGUUCGUUCUUCUGCUCGUUUUCUCUCUCCUACUUCUUCCGAUCAUUUUCUCUCUCCUUCUCAUUCUCUUCGUUUCGACGAUAGAUCCGACCCGACCCGACAACCGUCUAGAGUUGGUGGGCCGGAAACCGGGUUUCGAACCAUUUCCGGAGCUUCGGUUUCUGCGAAUACUUCUACUCCGAGGACUGUUGAGGUUGAAACCGCGGUUUACGGGUCCGGUUCGAUUGUAAACGGGUUUGAUUGUACGUCGUCGUUUUCGGCUUUGCCGUUGCAGCCGGUUCCAAGAGGGGAUAGCUCCGGGUUUUUCCUCUCCGGUCCGAUCGAGCGUGGGGCGUUAUCUGGGCCGCUUGAUUCCGGGCCGGAUACUGGGCGGGUCCCCUUCUCGGCCCCUCUUGGUGGGGCCUACAAGAAGAAGAAGAGGAAGAAGAGUUUGAAGAAGUUGUAUAGAAGCUUCUCGGAGAAGAAGCGGCAAUGGGUUGUGCCGGUAGUAGGGAGGAAGGAGAGUAGCGAAGAGGAGGUUGGAAGGAGGAGAGAGAAAGAGGUUGAAGAUGAUGUUGAGGGUAGUAAUGUAAAUGUACAGUGGGCGUUAGGGAAGGCGGGGGAGGAUCGGGUACAUGUGGUUGUAUCGGAAGAACAUGGGUGGUUGUUUGUUGGGAUUUAUGAUGGGUUUAAUGGCCCGGAUGCUCCGGAGUUUCUAAUGGGUCAUUUGUAUCGGGCCGUGUUUGGUGAGCUUAAAGGCUUGUUUUGGGAUAGUGAGGAAGAUGAUGAUGGUGUUGUUUUGGAGCAGAAAGUGGAGAAUCAUUCGGAAAUUGAGGGGGAGAUUGUGAAUGUGGAUAGUGGGGAGGGGGAAAAUCGUGCCGGGGAGGAGCGUGGUGGUGGCGGGGCGGUCAAGAGGGUUACGUUUGAGGCGGGGUUGGAUAAGAAGGAGAUAAUUAGGAGGAAAUUAUGGGAGUUUCUUGCGGAGGAUGAUGCUGAAGAUGGGCUUGAUCUUUCGGGGUCGGAUAGGUUUGCAUUUUCGGUUGAUGAUGCUGUUAGUGUUAGCAAUGCAGGGUCUGCCGUGGGGAGGAGGUCGUUGCUAUUGUCGAAAUUGAAGCAAGGGUUAACUAGGAGUAAGGAAGGGCAUAGUAGAGGGUUGUUUCAAUGGAGGUUUGGGGUAGAAGAGAAGGAUAAAGUAGAUGAUGUUGAGAAUAGAGUUGAGGAGAGAUCGUGUAGGAGUGGUCGUAGGAGAAAGACGGGUCCUGUGGAUCAUGACUUGGUUUUGAGGGCAUUGUCCCGGGCAUUGGAAAAGACAGAGCAAGCUUAUUUGGAUUUGACGGAUAAAGUGCUUGAUCGGUAUCCAGAGCUUGCGUUAAUGGGUUCGUGUUUGUUAGUUGUUUUGAUGAGAGAUGAGGAUGUUUAUGUGAUGAAUUUGGGGGAUAGCCGUGCUAUUGUUGCACAAUUGGAACCUCAAGAGAGUUGUUCUAAUGUGGGAUUGAAGGAGAAGGCAGAAUGUGGGUCUAGUACAGAAGGAAUUGUUGAGGAAUGCACAGCUAGUGGUGAAAAGUUGAGCAAUGUGGAUGAUGAGUUUCCUUUGGAGGCCAUGAAGCUGACUGCAUUGCAGCUUACGAUUGACCACAGCACCAGUGUUGAAGAAGAAGUUCUAAGAAUUAAGAGGGAACAUCCAGAUGAUAAGCACUGCAUUGUCAAUGAUAGAGUAAAAGGCCGUCUCAAGGUUACUCGAGCGUUUGGAGCUGGAUUCCUCAAACAGGCCAAGUUUAAUGACUCGUUAUUGGAGAUGUUCAGAAAUGAGUUCAUUGGUAGUGCCCCUUAUGUAUCAUGUAUUCCUUCUCUUCGCCACCACAAACUUGGACGAAGAGACCAAUUUUUGGUGCUCUCAUCUGAUGGGCUAUACCAGUAUUUCAGCAAUCAGGAUGUGGUUUCUUUUGUUGAGAAUUUCUUGGAGAAAUUUCCUGAUGGAGAUCCAGCACAACAUCUAAUAGAGGAGCUUCUAAACCGAGCUGCUAAAAAAGCAGGUAUGGAUUUUCAUGACUUGUUGGAUAUUCCCCAAGGUGAUCGCCGAAAGUACCAUGAUGAUGUCACUGUUAUGGUGGUAUCUCUUGAAGGGAGAAUUUGGAAGUCUUCAGGAAAAUACCCCUAAAAACAUGUUCAUAUGAAAACUUAAAAAAAUUAUGGCUCUAUCUGGAAUUGCCAAAGCUGAUAUGGUUUCAAUCAGAACCACCGCAUAGACAUUGAUCUUAACAGCUGGGCAGGCGUCUUGAUAUGGUAACAGACCCAGUUCUCCUGGGUCCCAAAAUUAGUUCUAGAAGUUGAUAGGCAUACUGUUUUAAGGGAGGAAACAAUUGGAGAGGCUGUAAGAAAAGUUCCCCAGUUAAGAAGGUGCUGCCAUAGUCGAGGAUGGAGAAAGCUUGGGAACAUAUGGGUUGGGAUUGUUGGGAUUUUUUAGAGGAAAGGGUGUUUUACUCUUCUAUUUUUCUUUUCUCCAUUGGGGAUUUUGCGUAGGUAGAUUAGGUAGAGGCUCUUCAAUUCAUUUUUGUUUGUUUUUUUUUUUUUUUCUUUUCUUUUUUUUUUUAGAGCCGAAAAAGGGGGUAUAAGGGUGAAAAAAAAGGAAAAGAAGUAGCGAAAUUUGGUUGGGGGUAAAAAGGUUACAGAAUCUGUAAUUUCAGAUUCCAUCAAUGCAGUUGACAGCCGAAAUUUAUACAUGGAUCUCGGUUUAGGGCGUA